AUGAAGACCAAGAACCACACAGUGGUGAGUGAAUUCAUUCUCCAGGGGUUUUCCAGCUUCCAAGAACACAAGGUCAUCCUCUUUGUGAUAUUUCUUACGUUGUACCUUUUAACUCUGGCUGGCAAUGUCAUCACUGUGACCAUUAUCAGCUUUGCUCGUCAUCUCCACACACCCAUGUACUUCUUCCUCAGUGUGCUCUCCACCUCCGAGACCAUGUACACACUGGUCAUUGUACCGCGGAUGCUCUGCGCCUUACAGGUUAGCCAACCCAUCUCCUUGGCUGGCUGUGCCACCCAGAUGUUCUUCUUCCUCACCUUGGCCAUCAACAACUGCUUCCUGCUCACGGCCAUGGGGUACGACCGCUACGUGGCCAUCUGCAACCCCUUAAGGUACACAGUCCUCAUGAACAAGAGGGUGUGUGCCCUGCUCGUUUGGGGGGCUUUCAGCUUUGGGCUGUUUGUGGCCAUAAUUCAGAUUUCCUCUGUGUUCAGGCUGCCCUUUUGUGACAGAGAAGUGGCCCAUUAUUUCUGUGACAUCCGCCCAGUUAUGAAACUCUCCUGUGCAGACACCACUCUACAUGACAUAAUUAAUUUUAUCAUCAGCUCGCUUGUUAUUGUGAUGCCCAUGGGGCUGGUCUUCAUCUCCUACAUCCUCAUCAUCUCCACCAUCCUCAAGAUCCCCUCUGCCCAGGGCCGGAAGAAGGCUUUCGCCACCUGCGCCUCCCACCUCACAGUGGUCAUUGUCCACUAUGGCUGUGCCUCCAUUGCCUACCUCAAGCCCAAGUCUGAAAAUACCAGGGAUCAGGAUCAGCUGAUCUCAGUGACCUACACCGUCAUCACUCCCCUGCUGAACCCUGUGGUGUACACCCUGAGGAACAAGGAGGUCAAGGAUGCUCUUCACCAUGCUAUUAGCAAAAAUCCUCUUGCCCUAGGAUCUAUGGUAGUUUGA